GGGGGAGACCUGGUCUCAUGGACAACCAGCCGCGCGCGGCGGUGGCUCCUCGCAGGUGGAUGGGUGGAGUUCCCAGAAGUUAGAGUAAGAUGGCGCCGGUUGGGGCUCUAAGCCCGGAGAACCCGAGUUGAAGCAGCAAUCCCCGCCUGGGAAAGAGUUAAUGCGGGUGGUGGGGUGUCGCCGCUCCCUCUGACGAGGUGACUCGCUCUCUUACGAGGUGACUCGCUGUAGCUGAGUCGGACGCGCCUCGCCGGCAAUGGAAAACGGCGAGCUGAGCAGCAUGGAGACUAUGGAGACCCUGACGGAGCUCGGCGACGAGCUCACACUGGGCGAUAUCGAUGAAAUGCUACAGUUUGUCAGCAAUCAGGUUGGAGAUUUUCCAGAUUUAUUUUCUGAACACUUGUAUGGCACAUUCCAGAGCAGCAAUGCAUGUAAUGGAGACAGAAUAUCAGAUACUUCACAGAAAGCCUACAGCCAAGGACAGUUACAAUCCUCUUCUCCUAGUGCAGCUUCUCCACCACAGCUUCAGUCUGUGCAAGUGAAGACCUCUCAGUCAACAGGCACAGUUCCUGCUCCACAACGGGCUGCACCCCCUCUUCAACCUCGUCCCCAAGUUCAACCCCCACUUCAGCAACAGACAGUGAUGAUUACUCCAACUUUCAGCUCUUCUCCCCAGACCCGGAUCAUUCAGCAACCUGUAAUAUACCAAAAUGCAGCCACAAGUUUUCAAGUGCUGCAACCUCAGGUUCAAAGCUUGGUGACUUCCUCUCAAGUUCAACCAGUUGCCAUUCAACAGCAGAUGCAGACCAUGCAAGCUCAGAGAGUACUGACACAGAGUACCAGCGGCACCAUCCAGACACUAACUCCAGCGACUGUCCAGGCAGUAGCUGCCCCUCAGGUUCAGCAGGUUCCAGUCCUAGUCCAGCCACAGAUAAUCAAGACAGAUUCUCUUGUCUUAACGACAUUGAAAACUGAUGGCAAUCCUGUUAUGGCUGCUGUUCAAAAUCCAGCCCUGGCAGCAAUAACCACACCCAUACAGACAACAGCUCUGCAGACCUUAGUUGGUAGCAAUGGGGCCAUCUUGACAACUAUGCCUAUGAUGAUGGGAGGUCAAGAGAAGAUGCCCAUUAAACAAGUGCCUAAUAACACCAAGCAGCCAGAACCACCAAAGGAAGGAGAAAGGCGAACAACUCAUAAUAUUAUUGAGAAAAGAUAUCGAUCAUCUAUAAAUGACAAGAUCAUAGAACUGAAAGAUCUAGUCAUGGGAACAGAUGCUAAAAUGCACAAAUCUGGUGUAUUGAGGAAGGCUAUUGACUACAUUAAAUAUCUACAGCAGGUUAAUCAUAAAUUGCGACAGGAGAAUAUGAUCCUUAAGCUGUCUAGCCAGAAAAACAAGUUGUUGAAGGGUUUUGACUUAAGCAGUCUAGUGGACAAUGAUGUGGAUCUGAAGAUGGACGAAUUCAAUCAAAAUGCUCUAUUGAUGUCUCCUCCAGCUUCUGACUCAGGAUCACCAGCAGGCUUUUCUCCUUAUUCAAUUGAUUCAGAACCGGGAAGUCCAUUAUUGGAUGAUGCAAAGGUUAAAGAUGAACCUGAUUCUCCACCUGCUGCUCUUGGAAUGGUUGAUCGAUCACGGAUGCUGCUUUGUGCUCUCACAUUCCUCUGUCUCUCCUUUAAUCCUUUAACAUCUUUUUUGGAUGGCAAAGAAACAUCAGACACUUACAGCACAGUGCAUCAUGGUUCUGAGAGAAAUAUACAAGCAAUAAAACAAGAAUCAGGUGGCUGGUUUGGCUGGAUGAUGCCCACUUUGAUCUUGUGGCUUGUGAAUGGUGUCAUUAUCUUGAGUGUAUUCAUAAAACUGUUAGUGCAUGGAGAGCCAGUAACACGACUGCAUUCCCGUUCUUCUGUGACUUUUUGGCGGCAUCGGAAACAGGCAGACCUGGACUUGGCUAAGGGGGACUUUGCUGCUGCAGCAUCAAAUUUCCAGAUCUGUCUUUCUGCCCUGGGCCGAGCGUUGCCUACUUCUCGUUUUGAUUUGAUCUGUAGCCUUUCCUGGAACAUUAUUCGUUAUAGUCUCCAAAAAUUGGGAUUAGUACGUUGGCUGCUAAAGAGGACAUCACAGCGGAGACGAGCAACAGAGACGGCUCUUGGCUUUGAAGAUGAAGCCAAGACUAGUGCGCGAGAUGCAGCAUUAGUGUAUCAUAAACUUCAUCAACUCCAUAUUACAGGUAAGCUUCCGUCCAGUUCAGCUUACUCAGGAUUGCACAUGGCGUUGUGUGCUGUAAACCUGGCAGAAUGUGCAGAGGAGAAGAUUUCACCAAGUACCCUGGCAGAGAUUCAUCUAACUGCUGCAGUUGGCCUGAAGACUCGCUAUGGUGGCAAGCUGGGCUUCCUGGCGAGUUAUUUCUUAAGUCAAGCUCAAAGCUUGUGUACUUCUGAGCAUAAUGACAUCCCUGACUCCUUACGCUGGUUGUGCCAUCCUUUGGGGCAGAAAUUUUUUGUGGAACGGAGCUGGACAGUGAAAGCUGCUGCUAAGGAUAGUCUGUACUCCACUCAGAGGAACCCAGCUGAUCCCAUUGCACAGGUACACCAGGCAUUCUGUGAGAACCUACUGGAGAGAGCUGUUGAAUCCAUUGUGAAACCUCAGAUUCCCAAAGUGGCUACAAGCCAUGAUGAUGAAGCACCUUGUGAAUUCGCUAAUGCUUUGGAAUACUUGACAUUACUAAGUUCUUUUGUGGAUUCUUUGGGAAGUGAGAUACCACCUUUUUCUGGAAAUUCUGUGCUGAAGUCUUCCUUAGGUCCUGAUGUAGUCUGCAGAUGGUGGUCAUCAACAAUCACAAUGAUAAUCAGCUGGCUCAAGGGUGAUGAUACAGCUGUGAAAUCUCAGUUUAUCAACGUGGAACGAAUUCCUAAAUGCUUGGAGAUGAUGGAGAAUGCCCUUGUACGAGCUAUCUUCCAUGUAUGCAAAGCCAUGAAUGUCUUGUUGUCUAGCAAGGCAGAUGGGCAGCAUAGUUCAUUUAGUCAUUGUGAAAGAGCUAGUACUCAUCUCUGGAAUAGUCUCAACAUGAGAAGUGGGGUCUCAAGCACAAGUCUCAACAAUAUGAUCCAGCUGCUAGCUUGCGAUCUACUGUUGUCUCUCCGUACCACUCUGUGGCAGAAACAGACAAAUUCUAGUCUAGCUUUGGGAGACAUGCACCAUGCUUCUGCUUCUGAGCUGACUGGCUUCCAGCGAGAUCUUGGCAGCCUGCGAAAACUAGCAAAUAGUUUCAGGCUUGCUUACCGAAAGGUUUUUCUUCAUGAGGCCACUGUCCGCUUGAUGGCAGGAGCCAGCCCCACACGUACUCAUCAGCUGCUUGAGCAUAGUCUCAGACGUCAGACCCCACAGAAUACCAAGCAAGGUGAGUUGGAUGUUCUUCCCGGACAAAGAGAACGAGCUACAGCAAUUCUAUUAGCCUGCCGCUACCUCCCCCUGUCUUUUCUGUCAUCUCCGGGCCAGCGUGCUGUCCUGCUGGCAGAAGCAGCUCGAACACUGGAGAAGGUUGGCGACAUGCGUUCCUGCAAUGACUGUCAGCAGAUGAUUGUGAAACUAAGUGGUGGCACAGCUAUUGCUGCUUCCUAACCCUAGAGGAAUAGUUUCAUGAGACAUUGAAUGAAUUCUUGUCCCAUUCUCUUCCUUUUUCUUAAAAACCCUUCCAGAUUUGUGCAAGUUUCAUUAUACUAAUAGGAGUCAGUGACUUGGUGUAUAGCAAGUGGCGAAUUAUUUGCCUCCAAGCAAAAAGAUUGUUCAUGCUGGUGCUAGAAAGUUAUUUUUUUCCCCUGGCAGAGACUCAUAUCUUGGACUGGUUAACUUGGAUGUCUUUGAAAGAGGAAUUUGCUUUUCUCUCUCAUUCUUUUUACAAAACAAUCUCUUUUGAAAACAUCUUUGGGGCAAGGAGUUGGUAAAAAGCAAAAAAAAUGUUACAAAGUCUCAUUUGAUGGCAUUUGCAAUGGUUCUUGGUCCAGUAAUAUAUAGAUUUAGAGAAGAUAGGAUUGAGUUUAACUUCUUUUCUCCUCAGUAUACGUUUGUCCUACUUUCUGAUACCUUCCUAUAAAAUAGAAGCUUUAGGAGGUCAGGCCAGUUCUCUAGAGAAGUGCAUUAUGGUUUUUAUGCUAUUUGGGUUAUGGUUAUUUAUAUUUUAUAACUUUGCAAACUAUAAAAAUACCAGUUUCUUUUUGUCUCAUACUCUUCAUCUCAUUCUGUAUCUCUUUUUUCUGUAGUCUUUGUAAACUGAUGAUGAUCAGAAUGAUAGAAACUGUAGUUUCAAUCAAUCAACCAAUUAAUCAAUCAAUUUUUAUUCAGUCAUAGACCAGCAAAUAAAUCAAGAAAAAUGGCAAUUAAUUAGAAUAAAAAGAAAAAAUCUAUGGAUUAGGAAAACAACUCUGAUGUACUGUUCAAACUAUAAAACAGUACUUAGCUGUAAAGAAGUAAAAUCAGAUUGAUGUGAUAAUAAUAAAAAAAAAGUUAAAACAAAUCAGAACAACCCAGAAGUUUAAUAAAGAAUAGUCAUAAUAAUUCCUGGUGAACAUUUCGUAGAGGAGACAAUACAAAAUAACUUGUUCCAUAUUUCAGUUGUUCUUUCACGGCACGGGCAAAUCUAUGUUUGAAGAGGAUUUUUUUAAAUGUCUCCCUUCAGUAACAACUAUUGGAAGGACAUUGAAUAUGGCCAAGGAUAAAGCCCUUUAAAUUUUGGAAUUAAGUGACUAAGAUAUAUCACUGGUUGAAGAAGAUAUGAGAAACUAUAACAUCUAAACCAGCAGAUUGUAGAAGACUGGUCUAUAGCAUUGUAAGGCCAGGAAUUGAAUCUUCCUUUUAUAUAUUCUUCCUGAUAGGGAAAACAAGGAAAAAUAAAUACAACUAAAACAUUAAUUAAAAAAUGAUUAAAUGACAGGAAGAUGCAGGCUUCCUGACUUCAAUUAGGACUGAAGGUAAAGGGUAGAACAUUAACAUCUUUUCCAGCAUUGUUUUGCUGAAGAAAAUCCCACCUUCAAUCACUUUGGAAAGAGAUUUUGAGCAAGAUGAAAUGUGGACAAGAAUAAAAUGAUCUUCCUCAAGACCUUGAUUUAGAUGCCUGCUUGUUAUAAACAAAGAGGUAGCUAACCUAGCCACACUUUUAGAUCAUGUGGAUAAUCAUCUAGCUUGGCCCUCAAAAAAUACAGAAUUUUUUCCUCAAAGCUGUUUAUAUCCAUGUAAUAUUUACCACCUAGUGAUAAACAUUAGUUUCAUGUUCCCCAAUUGGUAGUAAGGUAGCUAUACUACCAACUGAAGUGACCCUUACGUUCUUUCCCACAAUUUUUGGGAGCAUUAUAACGUAUAUAUGUAUAGAAUGGAUGAAGUAUUUUAGUGUUAAAAGGAAACAAAGCACAGCUCAAUCUCCUCUGGCAGAAUCACACAAAUUUUAUAUUAUAUGGAACUCUAAGGUCCACAAACCAUGGUUGUUUCCCACUUUGCUUACUCCUUUUUUUUAAGUCUUUCAUUGCAUUGAUCUAAAUUUCAAUAGAAGCUCCUUUUUAAUGGCACAUGCAGAAGAGCAAUUUGGAAAUUCCAACUUUAAUUAUUAUUCCUUGAAAUAAUGUGAUUGGUAAUCACUGGCUGCAUAAGUAGGAUUCUCAAUAAUGAAAACUCUUUUAAACUUCUCAAUAAUGACAGGUCUUUUAAACUUUCUAUUCAGAUGCCCCCAAAUGUGAAGCUGUGGUGGUAAAGAAAUUUUAAAUAUUGCUAUUUCGUAGUUAGAUCAAAUACAUCUCCAUAAGAGAUGCAAAUCAUGCUGAUGAUACAGUUUUAAUGCUCCAUAGUUAACUAGAUUCCACAGUAAGGCCUUGACUUACAUCUUGAAGGUCUGUUCUCAGUCAACCUGCAUUUAUUGAAAUGUAAAAUUUUAUUUUAAUGCAAUUUUCCUGUUUCUCCCUAAGAUAUGUGAGUGGAUCUGUUUAGUUUGUAUAUCCUGCCCCAUUCUGGUACAUGGUGAAAUUUAAUAUUUGACCAUGCUAUUUGAAAAAAGUUUUAGUAUCACUGGUUUCCUUGAUGGAAGUGUAGUUAAUUUUGUAUUUCUUACAACUGAUAUGCAUACUGCAAUUCUGCCUGCUUCUCUUGUAAAGCCAGAAUAGCCAGAAUAAGUGUCCCAGGGUGCUGCUGAUUCAGAGGCACAUUUAAAUUGGCAGGCUAAAUAAAGUAUCAUUCCAUUCACUAAGACAGAUCUUAAAGAUGGCAUUCCCAGUGCAGGUAGCAGCUAAGUAGGAAAAAUAAUUGACUUAUUGGGACUGAGGAGAUUAGAGGUCAUUGCUAAUUUAUGCCCCCAACUGCUGUUACAUCCAUGCAAAUAUUGCUUUACUAUAAAACAAAAUAAUCAGCCCAGGAGUAACACAAAGACAGUGUGAAUUCUUAAGAGUCUAACAGAUUGAUUAAGUAGGCUUGAAGUUGCAAAUGCUUCCAUCUGGGUGCUCUCAGGGCAAAUAAUUCAAUAUAAUUAAUUUGUUUAAAAAAUGUAAAAAAUACCCAUCUCUUUCUGAGCAUCUCAUGGUUUCUUGAAUUUGGAGCAUUGAAAGUAGUUUAUUUUUGUUAAAAGAGCAAAUGGCCAUUACAAUAUAAAAAUUUCAUGUUAAUCAGUCAACUGGAUGGAGAUGGGUGGCUAUAAAAAUAGAAUAAUUAAAUAAAUAUUGCACAGCCAUAAGAAUGAGGUUACUGUCUUGUUUAAAUUACAGUUGCAUAGAUGUGAUCUCUACAAAGAAAUCUACCUUCUCGCAUAUUUUUGGCAGUUUUAUAUACUUCAUGUAUUUAUGGAACUGUUCUUCCUAAUCUAGCCCUAUAUAUGUUUUGUGUAUAUAAUGGUAACUUUUUCUGUUUUUAUAUAAAAUGAAAACUGUCUUUUUAUCCCCAAAAAAUUAGAAAUAGAGAUGCUUUGAUACAUGAAGAUGUAGCGGGUGGUGAUGUCAGGAGAUGAAAGUUUCUGUUAUUCCCAGUUGUGACUUUUUGGUAUGGAUCAUUAUGUAAUUUAUCUAAUAAAGACAAAAUUUAACUCAG